UGGGUCCGGCGGUAUGUCUGUGCCCGGGUGGAGCAGGGUCUCCUCUAUAGGUGUCAGUGCGGACAUGUGUCAGGCUUAGGAGGGGGAGGUCCGGGCUGUCCUCUGCUGACAUUUCCCGGCUCCCCCGUGCCCCCGGGCUUCCCUUGCCUCGUCCUUGGGAUGCCGUGCAGAGGAUGGAUGUAGUGUAAUCUGUGCACAGCCCUCUAUCGCUUUUCUUAUGAUCUUCCUCUCAUUACCAUCUCUCUCGGUACCGGCUCAGCAGACUUCUGCCCAGUUGUAUGGAUUGAGCUGCCACAUAUGGAUUACUAUGUAAUUCAUGAAGUUUAUGAUGGUGACUUCUCCCAAGAACAGUUUGAAGCAGAAUUAGAUGCUGCACUGGAACACCAGUAUCAAUAUAUUGUGAUUGAACCAGCACGCCUGGGAGAAGAGACAGCCCGCUGGAUUUCAGUGGGCAAUUGUCUACACAGAACUUCAGUUGUAACAGGAAUUGUUUGUCUUUUGACACCUCUUGGCCUUCCUAGCUCCUCCGUUCAUUAUUUAGGAUUACCAGCCGGAGCCUUAAGUGUGGCAUGUGCUGCCCUUUAUAGUGUAUCCUGGCAGUCUGAUCCAUGUUGCCAUUACCAGGUCGAUCUGAGUGGGGAAAAGCUAGCACUGCUCCCCCCAGGGACUCUAAGGACUUCUUCUCCUGUAGUAUUGGUCCGGAAAGAGGACACGCAACGCAAAAGACUACACAAUUUUAUUGCACUGACUGCCAUAGUAUACUGUACCCAAAAGGUUUUUGAGUUGUGUAUAGACUGGUAGCAUAAAUGUUCUUACAGUAAAGAUACUGACUAAUUA